CUUGGGAACCCUCGGGGACUGAGCCAUUCCACUCCGCAGGCUCCAUGCUACUAUUGUCUUACCAGGGAGCGGGCUAUUUGCAAAAUAAAGGCAGCCUCCUGUCUCUGUGUUGGCCGCUAUGAGGGGCGAUACCCGGUGAGUCGCUGCCGGAUUUUACUGUGAGGCUGCGCGGCUAGCAUCAGCGACACUCCUCCGCUGCUUUCCCCGGCGCACAGCCUCUGCUUCUCGGCGGUCGGAUGCUGGAAGUCCUCCCCGAUCAGAGAGCGCGUUGGGCCCGGAGUGAGAGGGGAGAAGGGACGCGGAAGAGAAAGGAGUGGGAGGGAGCACAGGAUACAGGGACAUUUUUUUUUUUUAAACAUACCAAAUCAGGACACAUGUUGAGCUAACGGGCCGCUCCACCUCCCUCUUCUCCUCCCAAAUGCUUUUUCUUCCCGUUGCUAAUUACUCCGGAUUUUAAAGAGAGGAAAAGGGAAGCCAGCGGGUCUCCUCUUCGGUUUUUAAAAUCCUGGGUCACCGCUUGGACGGACUACCAUGGAUCUGAGCAAAAUAGCUGUCAGCAUCAACAAGGCUAUCAACACGCAGGAGGUUGCUGUCAAAGAGAAGCAUGCCAGGACGUGCAUCUUGGGAACGCAUCACGAGAAGGGCGCCCACACCUUCUGGGCGGCCGUCAACCGGCUUCCUCUCUCCAGCAACGCCGUGCUCUGCUGGAAGUUCUGCCACGUCUUCCACAAGCUGCUGCGGGAUGGACACCCCAACGUGAUAAAGGACUCCAUGAGGAACAAGGCAGAUCUGGCGGAUAUGAGCAGGAUGUGGGGUCAUCUGAGUGAAGGCUAUGGGAAGCUGUGCAGCAUCUACCUCAAACUGCUCAUCACCAAAAUGGAGUUUCACAUUAAAAACCCUCGUUUCCCCGGCAACCUGCAGAUGUCGAACAGGCAGCUCGACGAGGCGGGAGAGAACGACGUCAACAACUUCUUCCAGCUCACAGUGGAGAUGUUCGACUACCUGGAGUGUGAGCUCAACCUCUUCCUUGGAGUGUUCAACUCUCUGGACAUGUCUCGGUCUGUGUCGGUGACGGCGGCCGGUCAGUGCCGCUUGGCUCCCCUCAUCCAGGUCAUCCUGGACUGCAGCCAUCUGUACGACUACACCGUCAAGCUGCUGUUCAAGCUGCACUCCUGCCUUCCAGCCGACACUCUCCAGGGCCACAGAGAUCGCUUCCAGGAGCAGUUCAAGAAGCUGAAGAGUCUCUUCUAUCGCUCCAGUAACUUGCAGUACUUCAAGAGGCUCAUUCAGAUCCCACAGUUGCCUGAGAACCCGCCAAACUUCCUGCGUGCGUCCGCGCUGUCGGAGCACAUCAGCCCCGUGGUCGUGAUCCCCGCCGAGUCGUCUUCUCCCGAGUCGGAACACGUGGUGGAAACGGAGGACCUGGUGGACACGGACAUCCCGUCCCUGCCGGCUCCCUCUGAGGUUAAGUUUGAUGACCUGUUUGGCACUUCUGCUGCUAUCGAUCCGUUCAACUUCAACAGCCAGAACGGCAUGCGCAAAGACGACAAAGACCGUCUGAUCGAGCAGCUGACCAGGGAGAUCCAGGCCCUCAAGGAGGAGCUGGAGUCUUUCCGGCUGGAGAGCGGCCGGCUGUGUCAGGCUCUGAGGGGCCGCGUCAACGAGCUGGAGGCGGAGCUCGCCGAGCAGAGCCACCUGAGGCUGCAGGCCGCAGGCGAGAGCGAGUUCCUGAAGGCGGAGCUGGACGACCUGCGGCGGGCCAGGGAGGACACGGAGAAGGAGCAGCGGAGCCUGACGGAAAUCGAGAGAAAAGCUCAGGCCAACGAGCAGCGCUACACCAAGCUGAAGGAGAAAUACACAGAACUGGUUCAGAGUCAUGCCGACCUGUUGAGGAAGAACGCAGAGGUCACCCGGCAGAUGACGGUGGCCCGGGCGGCUCAGGAUGAGGUGGAGGCGGUCCGGAGGGAGAUGCAGGAGAAGGUGAAGAGCGCGCAGGAGGCUGCGGACAGACAGGAGAGGGAACAGGUGAAGCAACUUCAGGAGCUGCAGAGAGAGCUGGUUUCCACCCAGACAGAACUGGACUCCCUGAAGACCACCAUGGCCUCGUCCCAGCAGUCGAGCGAAGUGCUCGGCACACAGCUGGUCGCCCUGGAGUCCGAGAAAGCGGAGCUGGUGCAGACUUUGUCAAAGGUGGAGGCGGAGCUCGCGGUCCAGGGGGAGGAGCUCCAGCGAGUUCAGAGCUCUCUGGCGACUGAGAGGGAAAGCGGAGUGAAGACGGCCGAGGCCCUGCAGAAUCAGCUCAAUGAGAAGGAGAGCAGGGAGCAGGCGCUGGAGAGCCAGCUGGUGGCGGCUCGCUGGUCCAGCCUGCAGGGAGCCGUGGAGGAGGCAGAGCGGAUCAUCCAGGACUCUUUAGCUCAGAUAGACGAUCCGGCACACAUCAGCUGCACCAGCUCUGCAGACUAUCUUGCGUCUAGAUGCCAAGCCUCUUUAGACUCUGUGGAGCGGCUUCAGAGUGCCAGAGAGGCCUUCUUAGCUGACAACACGGCCGUGUUGGAGCUGGUGCGAGUGGUGACCCAGUGUGGCCACCUGGUGGGCGACACCAUCGUUCAGGGCAGCGCCACCUCCCACAUGGUUCCUGUGGAGCAAGCAGACGCGCUGUCGGAGACCGUGAAGACGUGCGGAUCAGAAGCUCUGGCUCUGCUGGGCCAGAUGAAGCAGCAGGGCAGCCUGGCAGCAGCCGACAGCAGCAGGCUGAGGGCGGCUCUGGAGGCCGUCCUGACCACAGCGGAGAAGCUGCGCCCGCGGGGUUUGGAGCUGCAGCAGGGGGAGCUGGGAGAUCUGGUGGAGCAGGAAAUGGCUGCCACUUCGGCCGCCGUGGAGUCCGCAGCCGCCAGGAUAGAGGAAAUGCUGAACAAGUCCCGAGCGGUUGAUACAGGAAUCAAGAUGGAGGUCAACGAGAGGAUCCUGGCUUCCUGCACAGAGCUGAUGCAGGCGAUCAAGGAGCUUAUUUUGUCUUCGAAAGAUCUGCAAAGGGACAUUGUGGAGAGUGGAAGGGGGGCAGCCUCCAUGAAGGAAUUUUAUGCGAAGAACUCCCGCUGGACGGAGGGCCUGAUCUCUGCCUCCAAAGCUGUCGGAUGUGGCGCCACGGUCAUGGUUGACGCUGCCGACAUGAUGGUGCAGGGGAAAGGGAAGUUUGAGGAGCUGAUGGUGUGCUCCCAUGAAAUCGCUGCUAGCACCGCACAGCUAGUGGCUGCUUCAAAGGUGAAGGCGGAUAAAGACAGCGCUAACCUGCACCGACUGCAGCAGGCGUCCCGCGGCGUCACCCAGGCAACCGCUGCUGUUGUGGCCUCCACCAAGUCUGGGAAAUCCCAGAUUGAAGAUACAGAAACAAUGGACUUCUCCAGCAUGACUCUGACCCAGAUCAAGCGACAAGAGAUGGACGCACAGGUUCUGGUUCUGGAGCUGGAGACCCGCCUGCAGAAGGAACGGGAGCGUCUGGGCGAGCUGAGGAAGAAGCAUUACGAGUUGGCCGGUGUAGCAGAGGGCUGGGGCGAGGAAGAGGAAGGCACGGGAUGAAACCCCCCUCCUCUUCCUCCUCCUCCUUCACCCGUAGACCUUCUCCUCUCCACCUCCUUUUAUUUAUAGACACACUUCUCUGUUUUAUUUUCAGCCUUCCCUCACAUUUACCUGCUGGUUAUAUCCAAGCCAAAUGAAAAGGUGCUUCUUCUUCUUUUUUCCCCCCCAAUCCCUCUCGCUUCUUCGUACACGCCAGCCAGCGUUUCACAGAGGCAGCGGGUGGGGGUCAGGAUGGAGGAGCGCCGCCUCACUUCUCCGCUGCAGCACCGCGUUUGUGUCCAGUCCCUGUUUUAAUGACUGCGCAGCAUCGGGGAGCCGCACAGGACGCAACACGAGCACAAGGGGCCCAAACUCUCAGAGGGUGGGGGUGGAUCACGGUGUCCUCAUGUAGCUCGGCUGCUGCGCUUGCUCUUCUGUCCGCCGGUGUCUGAUGCGCGCCACGUCACGAGCUGAAUCAGCUGAAGGAGCUUCCUCCACGCAGUUGCUCUCCAGUUUCUUCCUCUUCUGUUCUCACUGUGACAUUUUUUUUUUUUUUUUAAAGGCCGAGCGGCUUCCGGGCUUUCUGCCUUCCUCGUCCUCACCAUUGUAACGACCGGGACUGUUAAGCUAAACGACCCUCGUCCCUCCACUUUAUUUUCGAAGGUCCUUUUUUUUUUUACUGUACGGGAUAAAAAUAGUCUGCAUUACGAACAAGACGUUCUUUUUUUUCUUUUUUCUUUUUUUUGCAAUGUAUUUAUAAAUCAGAAUGAUACGAAGUUUGAUAUUUCAUUGACAUUUGAUGCAUUGGUUCAGAUCUGGGAUCCAAUCACGUAAAGAGAUGAAGCGUGUCUUCAGGAACUUUCUGAUCAUUUAGAGGAAUCUGCAUAAGAAGCAUUUGUUUUUAAGCAUUUUAUCACCGACCACCUCCCCAGUACAAAACGUUGGUGCAUUAACGGAUUCCUUAAGACCAUGUAGCUGUGGGCAUAAACUAUAAGCCAUUUGUUGUUGCGCAGAACUGUUUGCUUUUCUUUCUACAUGAAGAUCCGGUGCACCUGAACGCCACGCGGCUUUUAUUCCCAUGCUUCUCUCUGCUCAGACUAAUGAAGCGACUCUUUAAGUUGGACUCUCCCAGAAGAGCAGGGGCAUUUUUUUUUUCGUUUGUUUGUUUGUUUCUCUUUCUCGAUUCUAGCCAACACCUUCUUCCCUUCCUCCCGUGUGUUCACGCCGAUGACGAUUCUGUGUCUUAACGCUCAGCCUCACUUGAUGCUAUAUUUUCCUUUUUUUUGUUUUCUUUUUUAACAGGCGCUGCUUGGUUUGACUUAGAUCAUUUUUCUUCCACGUAAAGAGAAAACAGCGAGGUAGUCGGAAGAAAAAUAAAAAUGGAUACGUUUCUAUUGCCAUCUGCUGCUCCAACCAGGUUAAAGCAAGGUUUACUGUACUGUUACUUCCAGGUCGUUGUAUUUAAUCACAAUUUUAACUGAUUCACCUGGAGAAUAAUAUAUAGUCCAAAAAAAUAAAUGGACAGAAAUCUCCUUACAGUGGUAUCUCAAGUGUCUUGACAGGUAAAUGUGCACACAACUUGAGUGAUGUUUUGGUUUUCACCCUUUGUUCUUUGCUGAGAUGCUUUUUAUUGAUUAACCUUUUUUAUUAUUAUUAUUUUAUUCCUUUGGUCCCUUUGGGGUUUGUGUCUGUAGAUCCACCAGCUCAGCCAGCCUUUUCAAACUGCCUCAUACUGUAGUCAGAGACAGAUACUCACAUAGCAACAUUGAAAUAUGUCUUUGUAUGAUAUUAUACUAAACCAAUGUUGGUGGGUGUGUUUUUAUUUUUCCAGUUUUUGAAAUAAAUACUUUGAUUCAUUAAUACUGAC